GAUUAUUUGCAAUUUAUACAUAUGUUGUGACGGUAUCCACGUUCAGUUUGAUCAUUGUUCCUCCAUGUAUUGGCCAACCAUUCAGAUAUCUGACAAACCUUACAGAUCGGAACAAACCAUUACCGCUCCAGACGUAUUAUUUCUAUGACACAGAUAAGAACGGUUCACUUGGACUCAUUGUUCUUCACACCUGUGGUCAAUUGGAGAAUUUAAGACAUCGAUUAGUCAAUUUGGUUUCAUGCAAAGAUUUCGACAGAGCAUUAAAUAGUAAUAUUAUGACUCAUACACGAAUUAUUAGGUUUGUCUAUAACAUCGAAGAUAUAUUCACUUUUAUAAUGCUUGGAUUGAUAUUAUAUUUUGCUAUUAUAUUUUGUCUAUAUGGAUUUCAGUCGCUUAUCGUGAUUACAGAAGGAAAAAUUAAUGAUGCGGGAAUCCUACGAGUAGGCUAUAUAGUAUUUGUCGUUGUAAUUCUAUUUGUACAAAUGUUUCUUUAUUGUUAUGUUGGAGAGCUAAUAACAGAAAAAUGUGAAGCAAUAUAUUAUACUUUGUGCGAGCUUGAAUGGUAUAAACUGAAAUCGAGUCAAGCUAAAAAUCUUAUUAUAUUAAUGAUACGAAUCCAAAAACCUCUUCGCAUCACUGCAGGAAGAAUUGUUCCUCUAACAAUAACUACUUUUUGCAGCUUUGUAAAAACGUCGAUUGGAUAUAUAUCAUUUUUACUGACGCAAGCCUAAAGAAAUG